AUGGCGACCGCGGAACUCGUAACAGCAGUGGCAGCUAUAACCCUACAGAUCAUCUUAUCUCCGAUCCCAGAAGUCUCAACUAUAAAGAUACUAAGCACCUACAUUCUCGUGAACCUUGCAGCUGUAGCCUGGUCACUGAGAGCUAGCAUUUCAGCAGAUAUCCCUCCACCACCCAGUAUUGCAUGGCUCAACCUCGUCUUCCUCUCCACAGCAACGUCAUGGACAGUGAUCCAUCGGUUAUACUUCUCCCCGCUCGCCUCCCUACCCGGACCCAAGCGUGCAGCAGUAUCCGGAAUAUGGGCAGCCAAUCAAUGUCGCUUAGGGCGCUCUGCCGCCUAUCUGGAGGAAAUUCAUAGGAAGUACAAUGCGGACAUUGUUCGUGUCGGGCCAAACGAGGUGUCGAUUAUAGAUGUCGAGGCUAUUCAAAACCUAUAUAAGGGCCAAUACCCGCGCGGGUAUUUCUACGAGCUUCGUGCUAGCAUGGGCGAGAGGAACUUGAAUUCUGAACGGGAUUACACCCAUCAUGGCGAAUGGAGACGCUUAUGGGAGAAAGCGCUUUCUGCCAAAGAGCUUGUGAAUUACGACGGUCGCUUGCAACAUCAUGUUGAGAAGUUCCUUCGGAUACUCAAGGAUAGUGAGGGAAGCGAUGUCAAUACUAUCAAGCUAACUGAACGCUAUCAGGUUGAUGUGAUAAUGGAUGUGCUUUUCUCGAAGGAUAGUAAAAGUCAAGAUCGCGGAGAAGAUACCUUCCUUUCAUACUUUGUUCAUAAAUAUCUAGGCAUAGCUGGGGUCAUCGCCUGUCUGCGGAACGUCGGCGAGAUUCUCUCCUGUUUGCCAAGUGCACCAGAAGCGAAAGCAUUCAAAAGAGAAAUCGAAGAGAUAAUAAGUGAAAGGCGGAUGAAGGCAGCGCCCCAGAAAGAUUUUAUCCACCAUUUCAUUACCAGUGGCCCAGCAGGAAGGCAAUGUACCCAUGAGGAAGUCAUCUCGAAUGCCCAGGUAGCAGUGAUCGGCGGUUCCGACACGGCAUUGGUCACAAUGAACCAAACGCUGCGCUUUCUAGCCACAAACCCAGCGGUACAAGCAAAACUCAGAGCAGAACUAGAUACCAUAUGCAAUACAGGCGGAGAACUGACAGUCGAAUCAACCCGCAAGCUUCCAUAUCUUAACGGAGUCCUGAACGAGGGCGUCAGACUAGGCAACCCAGCUCCUGUUGGAUUACCCGUGAAGACCCCCCCUGGUGGUCUUCAAUUUGGGGAGACGUAUAUUCCUGGGAACGUCGAGGUAAAAGUACCCUUUUGGAUUACGUUGACUGACUCUCGAUGGUUCCCCCAAGGGGAUCGCUUUAUCCCAGAGCGCUGGACUGGGGAAAUGCCGGAGCUGGUUCGCGAUCGUCGAGCCUUUACUCCGUUUGGCUAUGGCGUGCACUCGUGCGUUGGGAAGCAGCUGGUUACGAAUGAGUUGAAGAUUCUUAUCGCGAAGACUGUUCAUGAAUUCAACAUCUUGCCAGGGGAUCAGUAUGAUGAGGAUAGGUUCCUUCAAGGAACGAAGGACUACAUGGGUGCUCUGCUCCCGGCGCUGUACUUGAAGUUUGUUCCUAGGGUGGAGGGGAAUCGUACAAGUAGCUAA